AUGCAUGUCUGCUCAGCCCUUCAAUCUCCUCUCGCAAUGAGUCGCCCUCCUCUAACAUCUCCAUGGCCCGACCUCUCCCACAACUACCUCACAGGACCUGCAGUCACGCCUCUUGCUGCACGCACCCUGGAUCUCUCCAGCAACUACCUCUCGGGCCCUCUGCCCGACGGGGCGUGCCAGCCUCUCUCUUUUGAUGCCAACUGCUUCACGCUGCCGCUUGGCUGUGCCUUGGUACCGCAGCGGCAGGAGGCAGCAUGCAAUGCAUUCUGUGGCGUCUCCUCUGCUGCUGGUGCUGCUGCUGCGUGUGGAGGGCAUGGGGUGUGCUAUCCAGAGGGAGCUAGCUUGGCGCCCACAUGUCUGUGCGACGCGGGAUUUGUGCAAUUUGGAGAGAUCAGCUGUGUUGCUCAAGGCCAGAACAAGAAUUACUCAAGCAGCCAGCCUGUUCUCCCGCCAGCAUCUGUGCUCACCAAGGGGACGCAGCGGGAGACAGGGGGGAACUUCACGGCAGCGCCGGUGACGCUGUUUGUGUACGAGGCAGGGCAGACACGGUUGGGGUGUGGACUGGAGCUCGCCUUCCACGCCAACUUCACCUUCUCCUUCUCUCCUCGAACCGGCCGCGUGGGCUUCAACGGCUUUGCCUUUGUCGUCUCUGCGACAGACCGGAACAAGGAGCAUGGCGACAUGAGCAGCCAGCACGUGGGGCUGAACAUUCGAGGCGAGGACAAGUCGCUAGCUGCUGUGAGGUCGCCCUUCCCUCUGAGCAACAGGAAGGCGUACACGGCGUGGGUGGACUAUGAGCCGGGGGACCCCGGCACCAUCCAGGUCUUCCUGGCUGACUCGCAGGAGAAGCCGCAGGAGGCACUGCUGGAGAGGAGGCUGGCGCUGUGUGAGGUGCUGCAGGGUGCAGCCGAGCAGCCCGCCUUCUUCUUUGGCUUCGUGUCGUCCACCACUGUGAAGCCGUUUCAGCGCCAUGUCAUUCUUGAAUCGACAGUGGACACAGGCCUUCCUGCUUCUCCCCGAACAGUCUCACGUAAUCCAGCCUAUGGCCUGCAGCUAUCAACGAACUCAUACAUGCCAGCAUGGGCCAGCCCCUUCCCGCGCUACGUGAGUGCGGACUACCGAGUGGCGCCCAGCAAGCAGGACUCGUGGGUCAUCAGCGACUUCCACUCCUGGGACGCCGUGCCCUUCCUUGGCUGGCGUGUAAAGGACCAGAAAGAGUGCAGUGCUUGUUGGGCUUUUGCGCUGGUGGCGAGCGUGGAAGCGGCAUACGGCAUUGCAUUGAAUGCAGAGGCGCCACAGCUGUCAGUGGAGUCACUCUUUGCAGCCAUGGGGCUCACCUCCGAAGCUGACAAGUGCAUCACGGGGGGCUCCCCCACAGAGGCAUUUGAAAGGCUUCUCAUGCUGCCUCGUGGAGGAGUCACAGAAGUUGGAUCGCCUAAAAAGGAGUACCCUGUGCACGGCUUUGAGCGCACGCGGUUCAAGGGGUUUGUGGGGCUCAUGCUGGCAGUGCAACGACAGCCAGUGGUGGUUCAUAUCGAGGCUUCUGCUCUAGCGUUUGCACAAUAUGACGGGGGAGGGGAUGGUGUGUGUGGCAUCAACGUGCUGCCUGGCAUCUACCCCAUUGUGAAGAGUGAGGCAACUUCCUCCAUCGUUCUCCACAUCUCCAUCCCCCCCUUUGAGCACUCACAGUGUCAACUAUUGGACGUGUGUGGGGCUGACUUGAAGAACCCCUGCUACGUGGGCACAUGCAUCAAUGACGGCAAGGGCUCCUACUCCUGCAUCUGCCCUCCCAACUACGUUGAAAGCACAACCAUUGACAACUUCCCCACCUGCGAUCCAGCCAACGUCACAGCCAACACCAUGGCAGUGAGUGGGAGCAACUGGUGGUGCUCCGAUGUCCUUCCUCUUGUGGGCCUCUCACUUGCCCAAUUUGCGCAGCUGAAUGCGGCCAUUGACUGCAGUCGUCCUUUGCCUCGUAACCUCGUGCUUCAGCUGGGAAGUUUUCUCCUCGUUCCCUGCACUGCAUUCUUCUACACCCUCAGUGGCGACACAUGCUGGUCCAUCAGCGCCCAGCUGGGCAUCACCAGCAGCAACCUCACGGCUCUCAAUCCCGGCCUCGGCUGCUCAGAGCCCAUCAAGGCGGGCCGCUCUCUGUGCGUCGAGCGUAAUGCCACCUUCGCCUUCACCGUGCCUCGGUGCUUGCAAUACGGUGUGCUCACAGCACAGGACACAUGUGAGCGCCUGCUGCUGCAGGUGGCGGGGAGUGAAGACGACCCUGGGGGGGCUGGGAAGGUGAAUGCCAUGCGCUGGGCUGAGCUGUACCGCAACAAUCCCGGCCUCAUCUGCUCGAGUGUCAUCCCGGUCUCCGCCUCUGCUAUUGGCAGCAACACUGGCGUGCAGGUGAGGGGUGGAGGGAAACCGGGUUGGGGGCGCAAGAGACGGGAAGGAAAUGGAGGGAAAAUUGGUGGGUGA